CGUUAACCUGGAAAGAAAAAAUAUUUUCCAUUUUUUGACUUCCAGGUGGCGAAAAACGUCGUGCCUCACGGUCUGUCAGCCCCCCUCAAGCACAGACCCGUGUCUCAAGGUCCCCGCCAAGACAAUCUUCACCAAGAAGAUCCCCACCUAGAAGAUCCCCACCAAGAAGAUCCCCACCAAGAAGAUCCCCACCAAGAAGAUCCCCCCAGCGUAGAGAGCGUUCUCCUCCUCGCCGCCGUCCUUCGCGGAGUCCGCCUCCCCGUUCUGCCAGUCCAAACCAAAAACCAAGUCGCCCGUCUGAUAGUCAAAGAAAUCGUCGAUCUAGCCCUCCAAGAUCACCCAGUCCACCCCAAAGAAAAGGUAAGAUGUCUGGUGCUAGUGGUGGUGAAAUUUCACACUGGUAAUGGUGGUGAAAUGUUACACUGAUAAUUGUGGUGGAAUUUCAUACUGGUAAUUGUGGUGGAAUUUUACACUGGUAAUUGUGGUGGAAUUUCACACUGGUAAUGGUGGUGAAAUUUUACACUGGCAACGGUGGUGGAUUUGUUGGUUGUGAUGAGGCCCCCAGGUUAGGUUUGGGGGCAAUGGUGGACACUGAUGGGGGCAAGGGGAGCAACCUGGCGCCACCCCAAAUCAUUUUUCAAAGCUUUUGAAGAACAGCUGAAUAACUGUAAAGGCCCGUCUGCGACUAGUCGUAUACGAGUCAUAUACGUUACCAUAGAUGUGUGUAAUAUUCUGUAAUAUUGCUAUCGUGUAUAAAACAAAAGUUUUAUUAUUUUGAACAGGUCGUCCUAGUCCAAGUCAGUCUCGGUCAAAGAGUCCAUCAGAACGGAAACGUCGUUCUAAACGUUCAAGGUCUGCCAGUCCUGUUCGGAGAGGAAACAGACCCAGCCCGCGACGGGCACGAACCCCACCUCAGCGAAAACGACAGCCAAGUCGAUCUCGGUCACCGAGCCCACCUCAAAGAAAAGGUCGUGCUAGUCCAAGCCGUUCCCGAUCAGGUAGUCCUAAGAGACGUCCCAGCCCAGGCCGGUCUGCCAGCCCACCACAAAGGAAACGUCAAUCUAGCCCACGCCGACCUAGCCCACCUCGGAGAAGACGUGAGCCAUCUCGUAGUAGAUCCAGGUCGGCCAGCCCUCCGCAAAGAAGAGGCCGCUCAAGUCCUCGACAAAGCCCACCUCGUAGAGGCAGACCUGGGUCACGCCAAUCCGGUAGUCCUCUAAGACGACGACAGCUAAGUCCACGGAAUACUAGUCCUCCACAAAGAAAGCAACCCAGUCGAAGUAGAUCACGGUCGGUUAGCCCAACUCGUCGGUCAAACGAACGUAGACCUAUGGCCAGCAAUGCAGGUAAUUACUUCCGCCGGGAGGUAUAUUGACGAAUAAUACUGUAUUUACACCUUAUAUAUGUACAAGUAGUAAUAUUUUUUUAUUUGUGCAGACCGGCGAAAGCGUCCGACAAGUAGAAGCAGGUCUCGAUCCGUUAGUCCAAGACCUCAGUCAAAAGAAGUCCAACGUAGACCUAUGGCUGGCAGAAAGGGUCAGCCGAGCAGAAGUAAGUCACGGUCGGUUAGUCCUACUCGUCGGUCAAGAGAACGUAGACCUAUGGUCAGUGCUGACCGGAGACAGCGUCAACCGAGCAGAAGUAGGUCCCGGUCUGUUAGCCCACCCCCUCAGAACAAGGACCAACGACCUAUGGCCAGUAGUGCAGACCACAGAAAGCGUCAACCGAGCAGAAGUAGGUCCCAGUCUGUUAGCCCACCCCCUCAGAACAAAGACCGACGACCUAUGGCCAGUAGUGCAGAUCGCAGAAAGCGUCAACCGAGCAGAAGUAGGUCCCAGUCUGUUAGCCCACCCCCUCAGAACAAAGACCGACGACUUAUGGCCAGUAGUGCAGAUCGCAGAAAGCGUCAACCGAGCAGAAGCAGGUCCCGGUCUGUUAGUCCAGCACCUCAGUCCCGAACACCUAUAACCAGUGCAGACCGCAGAAAGCCUCAGCCUAGGUCCCGAUCGGCUAGUCCAGUUCAAAGAAGUGGUGCUAGUCCACGUCCUUCUCGAUCUCCAAGUCCUCCACCUCGCGGUAGACCAUCCCGUUCUGCUAGCCCUGAUAAAAGAAAGGAAAGAUCGUCCCCUAGUAGAUCACCAUCUGGUAGUCCUGCUGUUAAAGAUGAACGUCCUCAUCAAAGGUAAGUAAGCGAUCUUUAUUUCAACACGGAAGGUUGUCAUACAAAACAACACUGAGAUUUACAGUUAGUACAGGGUAGCCAUCUAAAAUAACCAAUUGCAAGGUUCGCAAUAGAAUUUAAAGCAGGAGGUUUUUUCAAAGAAGUAAGCGUCUGUCAGGGUUGAGAUACCAUUUUGAUCCGCUCGCUGAGACAAAGAUUUAUAGGUUUCCGGCUGUUGUAUCUCCUAUACAUUACAGCCGUUUAAUUACAAUAUAUCAUUUGCAAUUUAUUUGUAAAGAUCGCCAGCGAAAUCAGAAGACGACCGAUACAGUCCAUCUCAGCUUGUGACAACACCGCCACCAUCGCAAGAACAGGAUUUUGCAGCAGCCGCAGCAGCAGCACAACCUGAAGAGAAAGCAAGUUCAGAACAAGAGGGGAGCCCUCCUAAGCCAAAAUGGAAACCACUAGCAACAAUCCCCCCAACCCCACCUUCCCAAACUAAACCCGGCGCAUCCAAAGGCCCUCGUACUCCUCCAGGCUCACCUCGGAGAAGAGGACCGCACACUCCAUCGGAAUCCCCACGUUCUCAAAAGAAAGGUCCGCGAACACCGUCUGGUUCACCUACCUCCCAGAAACGCAAACCUCGCAGUCCUAGCCCUCAGCAAAAAAGUAAAUCCCCCGAUCGGUCACCAACCCCAGAGAGAAAACCCCGUCAUAAGAAGGGACCCCAUACCCCUUCAGAUUCCCCACACCCCAAGAAGAAAUCUGAGACUAAAAAGAAAAGGCGCCGAACUCCAACCCCUAGCCCCCCACCUCCACAAAAAGAACAACCUCGUAGUCCUUCGCGUUCACCCACACCCCAAGAGCAACCCCCUAGCCCAUCAGACUCCCCCUCAACUAGCCCUGAAAAGGAACAAUCCCAAAGUCCCUCACAUUCACCAAGUCCUCAGAGGAAACCCCGCAUUCGGUCGUCCCCUCCAAAACGGAGAUCCAGCCCCCCAACCUCGCAAAGUCCGCCAAGAAGGCGACGUAGUCCCUCUCCCAGCCCCCCAAGAAGGCGACGUAGUCCCUCUCCCAACCCCCCAAGAAGAGCGCCCUCCUCUCCACCCCGUUCUCGCAGCCCUCCAAAACGAGGCCGUCCCUCGCCUAGUCCAAAGAGGAGAGCACGUCCUCAGAGCCCUGUGAAUAAACGUCGGCAGAGUCCGGGGAGGUAAGUCACGUGCGGCCAUGUUGUAUAAGAUAAUUUAUAAUAACGUUAAAAAUUCAAGCGCUUUCAUUGGUCGAGAGCUAUGAUCUUUUUUAGGACAGACGCACGGAAUUACGUUAAACAAAACCUUAUCCAAUAGCAUUCCCUUAUUUGUAUAGAUCAUGUGCGCAUGAUAUUUGUAAAAUAUCGACUUUCCAAAUUUUUGGUUGGAUAAGCUAGCUAUUCAUAUAAAACAAUUGUGAUUCGUUUUGAUGGAAACGUUUUGUAUUGUUUCAAGAGGACGAUUGUGUCACUACGCCGGAGCGGCUAAUUGUGACUUUUCUGCGCGGUUUACAAACCGCUUUAGUGUUUUCAAUUAAUUGUUUUCAAUUUUUCGACCUUGUAGGUCAACACAAGUUCAAACUCGCAAUACAUCUCCGCCUCGUAGCAAGUCCCCUAGACGUUCUUCAAAGACCACAAAUGACCUGCAAUCGCCACCACAAUCCCGUGGCGUUCCUAGAAAGAAGCUUCAACAAAGCGCAGACGAAAAGCAAGAAUCGAAGAAACUCAAAGCGAAAAAGAAAGGCCGACAAACUACAACACAAUCAUCCACAUCGUCAUCCUCCGAAGAUAGCUCGAGCAGUUCCGAUUCGAGCUCGGAUUCAAGCUCCGAAUCAACCAAUGAACGUCCGCCUGCGAAGAAGCAGAAAAUCAAAACCUCGGAUGAAAAACGUUCUGCUCGAAGUCGAAACGAGAAAGGUAUAUAGUAUAAUAAUCAUCAUUUAAAGGGCAUUGCCAUUUAAAGAAUAAAGCGCAUUGUAAAAGUAUACUUUGUCUCAUUCGAAAGAACUUUUGAAAUAUUUAAGAAAGUCUUUCUUCGGCUUUUUCUUUUCUUCCUCGAUUCUUUUCAUAUCUUGACUAAAAACAGCGUACUCUCCGCCAUUAUUGGGGGUAUGCAUCAUUGAACUAUAAAUAAACUGGAAGACUAACUCAGGGGGGGGGGGGGGGGAAUUGGAGCCAGUGCAUUUUAGUUUUUCUGAGUUAUGAGCAGAAAUACUCAACACUAAACGUUGGGCUAUAUAUCAAAUUGAAGCUAUUGAAAAACGCUAUUUGGCGUAGAAAUUUCAAGACUUUAACUAAAAGGAAAAUAUUGAAAAACUACAAACAUAAUUACCAAUAAUUUGCCGUUUUGCAGUUGUUUUUGUAUUUUUUAAAUAAUUUUCUUUUCGCUGAAGUCUUGAAAUUUCCACAGCAAAUAGCAAUUUUCAAUAGCUUCAAUUUGACAUAUAGCCCGACGUUUGGGGUCAAGUAUUUCUGCUCAUAACUCAGAAAAACUAUUUUGGCUUCAUCAAAUCAUAGGCCUUCAUCAUAGCAGUUAGCCUUCCAGUUUAUUUAUAGUUCAAUGGUAUGCAUAUUAUGUCACGCAAAUUUUGUCUCAUGCAAACUCUCGUCUCUCGAAUCUCAUCAACUCUCAUUCACGUUUGACCAGCGCUUUUAAGUCUUCCGGAUGCAUUCUAUUUCGUUUAAGAGUACGUAUAAUGUACAAGCGUUUCGCGGCCUACUGUUUGUGCUGGCCAUGUAUCUGUUUUUCAUUAGCAACUAACCGCUUUUUUUCCAAGAUCGUGAAAUGAAACGGCGAGGAGGACCUGAUGGUAAUGUCGCAGGGAAAGGCAGACGGGAGGAGUUGAAUUCAAAGGAAAGGAAAGAGAAGGAAGUCAAAGUCUUGAAGAAGAAUGUAAAGACUGAUGGGAAGAAGAAAAAGGAGAUAUCAAAGAAAGCAAAGACAAAGAAAAAUGAAAGGUAUAAUGAUAAUAAACAUUUACCUUAGCAAUCAUGAAUCAUGUUUUUCUUAGAUGCCAUCAUGUCAUUUCCUUUAAAUUUUUCCAGACCCAAACAUGGGAAGAAAGUCGCGCAAUCAAAAGAUAAAUCUCGAAAACGCAAAUCAAGAAAAAGUGAAAGCGAAUCGAGCAGUGAAGAAAGCUCGAGUUCAUCCAGUUCAGAUGAAGAGAUCAGUGGAAGUUCUAGCGACUCAAGUAGCAGCAGUGAUUCUGUCGAAUGAUCAUCGUCAGCUGUCGGUGAAUGUUCGUACAACCUUCGCAAGGUCAGAGAUGUCAUGCGCUAAUUUGGUGUUUGAUGGUUGAGAUCUGUAAAUAUAACUGGAGUAACUUUUUUGCUGCUAAAAGUGAUAUCGAAAAAUGAAAACUGGCCGUCAGUCGGAAACGAUUUUUACCAUCAUUCAUUACACUGCAAUGUAUUUUAAUUCAAACACUUAGUAAAAUAAUGCCACAGUGGCUCAAAAUAUUCAACAAAAUUACUCAAAGUAAAUCGGGGUUCGUAGUGGUCUUUGAAAUCCUUGAAAGUGAAAAUUUGAAUGCAGGCUUUAAGGUCUUUGAAAAGUCUUUGAAUUGUGUGAAAAAGCGAAGAAAGUCUUUAAAUUCUUUAGUGAGUAUUUGAUUAUACGAUUUCCUAGCUAAUAAAAGAGAUUGAUUGAAGCAAGAUUUUCGCAAAUAUCGACGAAAAGGCGCAUUUUAGGAUGUGAUUUGACGGGACUAAUUACUGGGUAAAAAUUGUGCUUACACUCGCAAUUUUUCGACAGCUGAUUGCUCUCAAAGGUCUUUGAGAAGUCUUUCAAAAUAGGUAGAAAAAUGUUUGAAAGUCUUUGAAUUUGUUUGGUCUUGGAGACUGCGAACCCUGUAAAUCUUUAAACUAAAAAAACGAGUAAAUUUCAGCAUAGUUGAUUUCAGUAAUUUCUCUCAAUAUUUUGACUCGCUGUAUCAAUAUUUUGACUUUACAGUUGAUAAUGACAGCCUUAAUCAAAAUAGGUGUAUGGACGAUGUUUAAACACACCCUCCACCGACAACUCUACUCAUAACAAGGCCGUCGGAAGCAGUGGGGGCUUGGGGGGAGGCUUGAGCCCCCCCCCCAAUAAUUUCCAUUUGUAUAUGCAAAACACACAAAAGAACUAGAAAAGUGCGAAAGCAAUUCAGCUUUAUUCAGAUUUAUUCUUAAUUUAAUAUUGAUUUACUUCCGACGACCUUGCAUAAAUGGAAGAGUAAAGAGAUGUCAUCAAAGGAGUGAUGAGUGAUGCGUAGUUUUGAUAGUUUCGCCAUUAAUCUUGCAAAGUUGAGGUAAUUGCUGAAAAAUCUAGUGCGAUGAAAGAUGGAAGACUUUCGCCAGUUAGGACAUACGACAUAGAACAAAUUACAAUGUUCACUGAGAGAUCUUUCACAAGUAUACUAAGGUUAAUUUAAUACCUAGGCCUGGGAUCUCUAAACUUGACAGGGCCUUCUCUCAGCCUCCAGUUGAAGUUCCUGUCAGGCUGGCCAUGAAGAUACAAAGACAAUGUUUAUGAAAAGUAUUCUUAUGUAUGUCAUAAUGUACGUUUUACUAGUCGAACACCAAGCAGAAACCUAUACGUUAUUAAAUUUAUAUGUCUGAAAUUUUAAUGUUCAAGUAAGAUGAUUGAUGUCAUUUAUACUACUAAAUCCUGGUUCCAUUAAAGCCAUGUUACACGAGGCAAUUUUUGCAGCAUCUUGGAAAGUAGUUUUGGAUACAUCGAUAUGUUAUCGUAAAAAUAGUCACAGAG